CUCUGACAACCAUGAAUGUGAACCUGAAAGACAACAACAUUGUGUCUACCAAAGAAGCUUCAACUCCACCACACUAUGCAAACUCCCUUCAACUGAUUUAGACUAUGACUAACUUCUUCCAAGUCUUUGAAAUCACUCCUCAACAACUUCGGCGCAAGAACUCGCUUUCGAGCUCUGAAACAAUGAAAGCAAGAAAAAGCGGAAGCAAUAAUAAUCUCUCCGUGUUGAUGAUAGUGUUCUCCAUAUUCGUUUUCGGCGUCUUCUUCAUGUUCAGCGAGGACCUUAAGUCACUCGCUGAAUUCUCCUUCUUCAAGCCUCAACAACUCCAACAAGGUUCCAAUGACAAUAAUAAUGUCACAGAAACUGUUAAUAGAGCUCAGCUUCAGCUUGAGAAGAUGGACGAGAAGGAGAAGAUUGAAUUGCCGGUUAUUAUGGCAGAAAAGAAAGAUGAAGAAGAAGAAGAAGAAGAAGAAGAAGAAACGGUUCGAUAACGUGAGUCACCCUUUGUAUAAAGAAGAACAAUGCGAGUUUCUCACUCAACAAGUUACCUGCAUCAAGAACGGAAGACCUGAUUCCAUGUAUCAGAGUUGGAGAUGGCAACCCAGAGAUUGCUCUUUGCCCAAGUUUAAGGCGAGAGUUUUGCUUGAGAAGCUUAGAGGGAAGAGGCUCAUGUUUGUUGGAGACUCAUUGAACAGGAACCAGUGGGAAUCAAUGAUUUGUUUGGUCCAGUCUGCUGUUCCUCAUGGCAAAAAGACCUUGAACAAGACUGGCUCCAUUUCUGUCUUCAAACUCCAGGAUUAUAAUGCAACGGUGGAGUUCUACUGGGCUCCGUUCAUUGUAGAGUCAAACUCAGAUGAUCCAAAGAUGCAUAGCAUAUUGAACCGAAUCAUCAUGCCUGAAUCAAUUGAGAAGCAUGGUGCCAAUUGGAAGAAUGUGGACUACCUUGUUUUUAACACUUACAUAUGGUGGAUGAACACACCAACUAUGAAAGUCUUACGAGGGUCGUUUGAUGAAGGGUCAACGGAGUAUGAUGAAGUUGCAAGGCCAAUUGCAUAUAGAAGAGUCUUAAAGACAUGGUCAAAAUGGGUGGAGGACAACAUUGAUCCAAAUCGAACCAAAGUUUUCUUCAACAGCAUGUCCCCUCUUCACAUAAGGAGUGGUGAUUGGAACAACCCAGAUGGCACAAAAUGUGCUAAAGAAACAACACCAAUUCUUAACACAUCAAGCCCACAAGUUGGAACCGAUCGAAGGCUUUUUGUGAUUGCCAACAAUGUAACACAAUCUAUGAAGGUGCCAGUGAACUUCAUUAACAUAACAACAUUAUCUGAGUUCAGAAAAGAUGCACAUACAUCAAUUUACACCAUACGCCAAGGAAAGUUGUUAACUGCAGAGCAACAAGCUAACCCUGCCACUUUUGCUGAUUGUAUUCAUUGGUGCCUGCCCGGCCUGCCCGACACGUGGAACGAGUUCCUUUACACGCGUAUUAUCUCGAUAUCUUGACAUACAACAAAAUCAACAUCCAAAUUCAACGACUAAAAAGGAUUCUCUAAAGUAAAAAAAUAGAUAAAGCAAAAAAGAAAGAGUUUAAUCAUCCUUAGUUUUAACUGAUGAUUAAACUUUCAACUUUUUUACUUGGAUGUGAUUCAAAUGCGACCGUUAAGUAAUCGGACAAAGAUUUGGAUGUUUCAAAAAUAUCUUCUUUUACAAUGUAUAGAUAUUUUCAAAGUUUUUUUUUUCCCACAUAAUUGUUAUUAAUGCUCUGGUUUCACACACAUCCAAAAACAAAACUGAAAAAAGAAAAAAAAUAGAAAAAUCCUUCAACCAACGCCUCUGAUCUCAUCUCUGUAAGUGUUCAUGUGAUUUUCCUUGAUUGGGACAUUUUGUUUCUUUUAAUUAUCUUUCUGCUAUUAUAGACUUAUAGGUUCAGAUUUAGGAACAUGGGGUAUUUGCAAUUUUUUUUUUACUCCUCAUGUUUCUUUGGCUGUGUUGGGUUGAGUCGGAAGAAGGCCAAGCACCACAAUUGUACAAUAAUGAAGUGCUUAUUGAAGACAAUAAAGUGAUUAAUCACA